ACUGGGUCUUCUCACCAUACGGGCAACAGCUGAAAUCUCGAAGGAACGCUCGCUUUGAACUAUGAAAGAUAUGGAGAUGAAAGAAGGGAAACGAGACUCUUCUACCUCUCCAAACUCGUCCGAAACUUUGUGGAAGACUGCGUUAUUCUGGCAGGUCGUGUCUGCGGUACUUCUCCUCGUGUGCAUCGCCCUAGCGGUGGCGCUCGGCGUGGUCUCGGGACGAGGAGGACAUGGCGCCGAAGGGGAAGGGUCGGGAUCGCCGGUGGUUGGACAUGGCACCGAAGGGGGAGGGACGUCGGAACCGCCGGUGGUUGGCGACGGCCAGGGAGGAACAAAUUGUUCCUCUACCUCUAUCGGCCCGUGUCCAGCCGGUAUGGCCACCGAGGAGGUUGAUGAGGACUCCCCGGCCAUGUAUGACGACCUAACCGCCGAGGAACUGAGGGCGGUACGGGAGUAUCUCCUGGGCCAGCCGGGUCUUGACAUCACGCCAUGGGAGGACGCUUCUUUCCACGAUAACUACAUCUACGGAAUGGAGCUCCACCUUCCACCCAAGGCCGACGCUCUAUCGUACCUGGACAAUAACGGUCCCCGGCCGGAGAGACAGGCCUUGGUGACGGUGUACGGUGGCGGCAGGACGCAGCCCGUGGUGGAACAGUACGUGGUCGGGCCCCUGCCCAACCCCACCCGCCACACGGCCCACGCACCGGCCGGGAGGAAGAACCCCAUCCCGUGGCACAGCCGAGCUCCGGAGACGAAGGAGUACACCCUGCUUAUGCCGAUGAUAACACAGGCCACGAAGGAGACAGACAGAAUCCUGAAGGAAAGUUUUGGAUACACCUUCUACAACUGCAGUUCCCGGUGCCUGGCGGUAGCUGACACCGCACCACGCGGGUUCAGGAGCGGGGAGAGAAGGUCCUGGUUCCGCUUCAGUAGAAGCGUGGAGGGCAAGUUUCUGCAUCCGGUGGGGUUCAUGAUACAGAUUAACCACGUCAGCCUGGACCCGGCCCAGUGGCGGGUGGAGAGAGUCUUCUAUAACGGACAGUACUUCGCGUCCACGGCUGAGCUGGUGCAGAGUUAUGACGACGGCUCGGCAUGGAGGGCACAGCUCCCUGUCCUGGCUGGAGACGACGCUGUGUUCUCGACUUUCCGCCGCCGGGGCGACCCUCAACCCUCCCGGCCUCUCCGCGCGCCUGAGCUGAUAGAACCCGACGGUCGACGGUACAAGGUGCAGGGCCGCCGUGUGGAGUACAUGGGGUGGAGUUUUAACUGGAGGCUGAGCACCACGCAGGGUCUGCAGCUGUACGAUGUCCGGAUGAAGGACCAGCGCGUCGUGUACGAGCUGGGUCUGCAAGACGCGGGCACGUGGUACUCCGGGACCGACCCGCUCAUGCUGUCCGCGCUGUACGUCGACAACGCCUGGCCACAAUCGGGCAGUUUCGAGCUCCUCCGCGGCGUGGACUGUCCCAAGACGGCGACGUACUUCGACGCGCUCCACCACCAGGACACCGGCAAACCGCGCCGCUUCAAAAACGCCGUCUGCGCCUUCGAACUGGACACUGGGAUUCCUCUCCGCCGCCAUUUUGAUUCAGACGACGCCGGCGGCUACACUUUUUAUGGAGGCAUGGUGGAUCACGUGCUUGUCUUACGUCACAUCAAUGUCGUGUACAACUACGACUUCGUCUACGACUACAUAUUCCACCAGAAUGGAGUACUGGAGGUAAAAACCAGCCUCACAGGCUAUCUCCAACCUACGUUUUACACACCAGACCAGGACCCGUACGGCUACCGGAUGUGGGUCAAUCAAGUCGGGAACGUGCAUCAGCACUUCUUCAACUUCAAGGUGGAUCUGGACAUUGUUAGCGCGCAAAAUCGGUUUGAAACCGUGGACAUCGUUUUGGAGAACAUCACCAACCCUGAGCGGCCGGAGCUGCGCCACAUCCAGACCCGCAUCCAGCGGAACCUCAAGACUACCGAGAAGGAAGCCGCCGUGCAGUACGACUUCAACCGGCCCAAGUACUACAACUUCUACAGCGAAGAACACAGAAACAGGUUUGACGCUCACCGCGGGUACCGGUUACAGCUGAACGGGAUUGCCAAGAGUCUGUUCCCGCGAGAGUGGGAACCCGUCAACGGCGCGGCGUGGAUGGACUACCAGGUGGCCGUCACCCGUCGGAAGGACUCCGAGCCCAGCAGCUCCUCCAUCUUCAACCAGAACGACCUGUACGACCCCGUGGUCAACUUCCAGUCCUUCAUAGACGACAACGAGAACAUCGUGGACGAGGACCUGGUGGCGUGGGUCACCCUGGCGGCGCACCACGUCCCGCACUCCGAGGACUUCCCCACCACCGCCACGGCAGGCAACCAGCUGCAGUUCUUCAUCCGACCCUUCCACUUCUACGACGAGGACCCCUCGGCGGCGUCGUCCAACGCCGUCCACGUCACCCCGGGUGACGACUUCCGAUCGGCCGUCGUGGACAGGUUUGGCACACCGGAAACGACGUCAUGCUUCCCGAAGACAAGCCCUUUCUCCUUUAACGGCACGUGGCGCGAAGUAUAACAGAAUGCUGCGCAUGCCUUUAGUAGUAGUUUGUUAAUCACAAUCACAACACAAAAUCACGAUUACCGAAUUUUCGUCCAAUCCUUCAACCUUCUUCAGGA